AUGUGCCACGGAUUGGGCGGUACCCCACACUCCGGUCAUGCGCUUAAUGAGAAGACUCACACCGAACGUCGUCUGAAGGAACUUGAGAGCAACCAGGUCGUCACACUGGAGAAUUACUUGGGUCAUUCAAUGGAGACGACCCUGGCCAAGUUAUUGACUGUAGGUUUAGUCUCGAUAAAACCGUGGCCCGGCUCGCACUGGGCGACCUAUAAGGACAGCAUUAACGCUCAGUUGUACCAGGGUGAGCCCCCUACUUCAGCAAAGUACGCCCUUGCGUUUGGCUUUGACGUGAAGGACUUCAUGGACAAGAUUUCCAAGGACGUGGGUAUCGACGUACACAGGCCAGACAAAACAAAAUGUGAGAUUGAUACGGACUGCAAAUUUUUCAAUGACGAUAGAGUUUGCGCUAUUCGUACCGGCCAUCAUUCCGGUUAUUGGAUCCCGACGUGGUGGGGCAUAUGCCACGCUUGGUCGUCUGCAGCGAUUCUCGAGCAAGAACCGAAGUGCCCCGUGACGUACAAUAACAUAACAUUUUCUCCGUUGGAAUUAAAGGGACUGCUGUUAUAUAUAUACAAUGAUCGGACGCUUUCUACUGUCUCCGCUGGUGUUCGUUUUAAUGGUGAUGACGAUACCGAUGUCAAGGACGAGUAUGGCAGUUCCGAAAGUUUUGCUUUUCGAGACAUGAACCCUGGUCUCGUCCACAUCGUCCUUGCCAACAUCGUGGGAAAGUUGGGCAAAUCAGUCAUAAUGGACGUCACGGCUGGCAGUCGGGUGCACAACCAGCCCUACCCAUGGAACGCAAAUGUCAAGAGCAUCGUAUACAUGAAGACUCGUCUAACGUGGGUCGCUGAGACAUCUGAUGAAGGUCCUCUGCUGUCCAAAGGUAAGGCUGACAUAUACACGGAGGGUUAUGUCCUCAUCUACCUGUUGGAGAUGGAUGGCGCUGGCAAGAUCAUUGGUGGUGAGUGGUUGUUCGAUUCGAAAAACCCGCACCCAGAUUUCAUGUAUAUCCCCACCAGUAAGCUUCCCGCUGACUUGGUACGUCCCAAAGGGAUGAGACACGCGGAUGUGAGUAUGCUUCUGGAGAAGUCAGUGGCAUGCUCUGAUACACAGUAG